ACUGUAUAGAUCUUUAAUCAGGAGCCUCCAGCCAUCUCCAACCCUUCCAACCCUUCCAACUGAGGAGUCUUCCCUCAUACUUCCUGAGGAGACUCAGACAUGGCGACAGACCCUGCGGCAGAGCUGCCUUUUUUCUACGGCAGCAUCAGUCGCUCGGAGGCUGAGGAGCACCUGAAGCUGGCAGGCAUGGCCGACGGACUGUUCCUGCUGCGCCAGUGUCUGCGGAGCCUGGGCGGCUACGUGGUCUCCCUGGUGUGGGACCUGGACUUCCAUCACUACUCUGUGGAGAAACAACUCAACAGCACCUACUGUAUUGCGGGUGGCAAGCCCCACUGUGGGCCAGCGGAGCUCUGUGAGUUCUACAGUAAGGACUCAGAUGGCCUGGUGUGCACCCUGAGGAAGCCCUGUCUGCGCUCCCCAGACAACCCCAUCAGAGCAGGCGUCUUUGAUAACCUUAGGGACAACAUGCUGAGGGAGUAUGUACGACAGACAUGGAACCUGGAGGUGAGGGUUGGCUGAACGAUUGGCAGCAGGGCCAGAAGUCACACCAACAACAUCUCUGAUGCCCUGUAGAACCUUGGCAUGAGUAGGUUUACUGUUGUUAGUCUGCUGGCCCUGUUGGUUUUACUAUGCUAUUGUGAACUGUAGUUUGCCUUGCCCCCCCCCCCCCCCCCAUGUAGGCUCAGGUUGACUAACUGUCUAUCUGUGUUCAGGGGGAGGCCAUGGAGCAGGCCAUCAUCAGCCAGGCCCCACAGCUGGAGAAGCUGAUCGCCACCACCGCCCAUGAGAGGAUGCCCUGGUACCACGGCAAGAUCCCUCGCCAGGAGGGGGAGAGGCGACUCUAUUCCAGGGCACAGCCAGACGGAAAGUUCCUGUGAGUCAUUUAAUAUAUUUUAGUCCAAUGCCAUCCAAAAGUCCCAAAACACUCACAACAAUUAUUAUAGUGUUUUUUUUUCUCAUCAGAGUCAGAGACAGGGAAGAGUCCGGCACCUUUGCCCUUUCUUUGAUGUACGGAAAAACGGCCUACCAUUACCAGAUUCUACAUGACAAAUCAGGGAAGUACUCCAUGCCAGAGGGAACCAAAUUUGACACUGUGUGGCAGGUAGGCUGUUCUCUCUUCUCCAACAAAUUGGUUCAAAUGUAUUGUCUGCUACCUCAUGUUUAAGUCUGCUACCCCACUCUCCCUCCCUUCUACACUGCAGCUGGUUGAGUAUCUGAAGAUGAAGCCUGAUGGGCUAGUGACAGUUCUGAGGGAACCAUGUGUGAACCGUAACAAUGCCAAACGUACUGAACCAACAUUUUGUUCUCAAAUGAAUCACAAUCAUCACAUUCUUCUUAUAAUUUCACAAAAUCUGUCCCCUAUGUAAUUUAAUACAUUUUCAAAUCCAUUUUCAGAGUCUCCAGUUGUGCCCUCAGGGGUGAGUAUCAAGAACAUUUUCUAAUUUCUCCAUGGUAGAUACAGUACUUUCCAACUUCAUUCACACAGAUCUAUUGAAUACAGUACAUUUCUUUCAGAGGCAAGUCAGAACAAAUGGAUACACACCGCCACCUGGAGGUAGGUCAAUAACAUUACAACAGACACACAUAGCCUUUCCACCAAAAUACACAUACAAAAAUCUUUGAAUUUGUCUUUAAGACAUUUCCCUGUGGUUUGGCCCUUUCUUACAGUACCUCUGGGGUGCUCCACAGAAGUCAACACUUCGCCCCCCACAGACCGUCAGAUGCUGCCCAUGGACUGCAGUGAAUUUGUCAACCCUUACCAUGACCCCAAUGACCUGAAGAAGUUCUUCAUCAAUAGGGAGCAGCUGAUGAUUGACGAGGUGGAGCUCGGCUCAGGCAACUUUGGCUGUGUCAAGAAAGGAGUCUUCAAGACAAAUAAGUGAGGGAGGGUGGGGGGUGCUGCUUCUUGGAUUAAUCAAAACAGAGCAUCAGAGCCUGAGUUUAGAACCUAUAACCUCAUGCCUAGAGCCAUUUAUAACAACUGAAAACUAAGUUUUAUGUCACAGAGGUUUAUAAUUAUUUUUACUGAGAAAGUGAGCUGAUCAGGAAAAACUCUGGACCCUAGUUAGAGGCUAAAAUUUAGAAAAACACUGGGCCUUAUUCAUAACACAUCACAAAUUAUUGUGUGGUUCCAGGGGCCACACUGAUGUGGCCAUCAAGGUGCUGAAGAGUGAGAAUGAGAAUCUGGUGAAAGAUGAGAUGAUGAGGGAGGCAGAGAUCAUGCACCAGCUGAGUAACCCUUACAUCGUCCGCAUGCUGGGGCUCUGCCAGGCCGAGUGCCUGAUGCUAGUGAUGGAGAUGGCUUCUGCUGGGCCACUCAACAAGUUCCUCUCCACCAAUAAGUAAGGCCAAUUAUUUCACACGUACAGUAGUACAGUAUAUCAUAAAGCAUGUUAUUCUCUUAAUAGUGACACUGAUCAUAGAGAGUUAUGGAAAUGCAAUUCAUGAUAGCACUGCUAUUACUCAAAAAGUGAUGAUGAGCUCAGCAAAGUGAAGCUAAAUACCAUGAGCGAAUUCCCCUGAAGGUUCAUUUGAGUUCCCUUUCUGUCCCUCUACCUCUCAGGGAUACGGUCACAGUGGAGAACAUUGUGGGGCUGAUGCACCAGGUGUCUAUGGGAAUGAAGUACCUGGAGGAGAAGAACUUUGUGCACAGAGACCUCGCAGCUCGCAAUGUCCUGCUGGUCAACCAACAGUUUGCCAAGAUCAGUGACUUUGGCCUGUCCAAGGCUUUGGGUGCUGAUGACAACUAUUACAAGGUAGGUAUGAGUUUCUUGCACGUGUCAUGUGCUAUAAUGUUAAGUUGGUCUGUUUUAUAUAGUUAAAUACUGCAGUUCUUUAUAUGUACAAUAUUCAUGUGGUAUGGUAAGCAUGUGUGUGGGUGGGAACAUAGGCACGCACAGCAGGAAAAUGGCCGCUGAAGUGGUAUGCUCCAGAAUGCAUGAAUUUCCACAAAUUCUCCAGCAAGAGUGAUGUCUGGAGCUUUGGUGUCACCAUGUGGGAAGCCUUUUCUUAUGGAGGGAAACCAUACAAGGUACUAUCUGUACAGCAGCAGCAAGAUCUAAAUAUUUAACAUUUAUACUGUAAUAACAGCCUCCAACACAGGAGCUGUUGAGUGCUGUCUAGAUUAUCUUAAUCUGUUUUUUUACCACAUGUGAUCAGAAAAUGAAAGGUCCUGAGGUGAUCAGUUUCAUUGCCAGUGGGAGCCGCAUGGAAUGUCCAUCUGGAUGUCCAGAUAGAAUGUAUGCUCUGAUGAAGGACUGCUGGACAUACAAGUAAGUGAGAAACCAGAGACCUAUUAAUUUUCACACCACAUGGUAUUGCUACUAGACCACACUGCUGCCCAAAUGAGAUCCAUUACGUCUAAAGUCUCUGAUCUUUCUCUUCUCAGACACGAGGACCGGCCAGGCUUUGUGAAGGUGGAGGAGCGCAUGCGAGGCUUUUAUUACUCUAUAUCCAACAAAACUCCGCCUGAGGGGACCGCAGACGCUGCUGAGCCUCUCAAAUAG